AUGGAAUUCAAUGGCAUGCGAGAACUUGAUUAUGAGAAACAAAUCUGGGCAGGACAUUGUCGAGUCUCUAGGCUUUGGCUAGGUGUACAUGUCACGACAGACAAAGUCCUGCAUUUGAACAUGAUUAGGGGAAUGAUAUACGAGUCCACAUCCCACCGUUUCACUAAAGCAAGUGAGAUGCCAGCUAAAUUGGGAGAAAUACUCAUCCUCUCAGAUGUUGUCGGGGAAUUGGAGAAGCACUCGAAUCUCCUUACCACCACCAAUAUUGUUCGAAAAACCACAAGGAAGGAGCUUGAUCUGAAACUGAUUCUGUAUCCUAACCUUGAUAUACCGGAACUGGAAGUGAAGGAUUUCACAACAAGGUAUCAGAUUCAGCUUGAGGUUGAAAGCAAUUCAAAGUCAGCAACCUUUAUACUUUUCGAGUAUGAAGGGAAACGCUUCUUUGGGCCAUCUGCUAAUGAUCUCUUCAAUAGAACUGGUCAGAACAUUGAGUGUUCGAACUCUAAUCUGCAUGACAACUCCUCUUCUUUACUCAGUAGUGGGAUUGAGUCCUCCAAAGCUUCAUCUCACAAAUCCAUCUCCAUUUCAACAGCCAAAGAGUCUGCUUCUAUGCCCCCUGACAACAAACUCAAGCGAAAGAUGCCUUUGGCGUGA